UGAUUCGAAGAAAAGAUGAGUGGAAGAAGAUAUUUGCUCUAAUAGCCUGAGAAGAAAAGGUGGUUGUUGCAAAAUGUGAGAGAGGAGAGGACAGGAGAGGACAGGAGAGGAGAAAGAAAAGGCGGAGAAAAGUAGAGAUAGCCCUAAUUUGUGUUUAGGGCAUUUGAGACUUGAGACUUUUUAAAUGGGCUUUGGGUUAUUUUUGUAAAAACUUUGAAAGGGAUAUAUGUUUAUAAUAUUGGAGAAAAAAAGGGGUUAAGACGUGGAGUUACCCUUCUGCUGUAGCAAUGGGAUCAACUGCUAGAGGAAGAAGAGAUUUUGAGUCUCUCACUCCCACUCUCACUCUAAAACGACGUACGAGUACUCCCUCAACUGCAAAGAAUCCCAAAACCCAAACCCCAUUCUCCUCUCCAAUUGCUUCUAUCGUCUCUAUCAAAGCUUAUUCUGUAUUUUUGGAGGAUUGGUGGCUGAUUAAGGUCAAUGGCAAGGACUUGGGUGUUGGAGGCUUCGCUUCUAGAGGGGGUCUAGGAGUCAGAGUCUUUAGCUCUGCAGCAGUUUCCAAGAGACACAGUGCCACUGUAUUCGAGACAACUGAUGGCUUUACAAUUAAAAUUAGUGGUUUAAUAAAUAUGGCCCGCACUCAUCACAAUGGAUUUCCAUCUGAGAUAUGCAAUCCGUUUCUGCUUGGUUUUCCACACAACUGGGAGGAGUAUGCUGCUCGAUGUCUGGGUAAAGAAUGUACCAAUCAAGGCGUGUCAUUGAGGACUUCUGCAUCGGUUGAGUCAAACAUAAAUUCAGUAACAUGUACUAACAAUUCGUCACUGCCUCCUUUCACUGAUCUACCUGUGCCUACAAUACGAGAUCUUUUACUGUCAACAUUUGGACAUUCAGACUAUGAUCUGCUCAUUAAGAAUAUUUACAAGGAAACACUGACAACUUCCAAGAAUGAACCUUGUGAGAAUUCUGGAGCACCAAUGGAUUUGAACAUGGAAAAUGUGAAAAACUUGGCCAGCAAUGGGAAAUAUGUACCAAAUGCUACGGCAAUCAAAAAGCAGAAAGGUAAGACUGGAAGAAAUAAUGUUUCUGUCCCAAGACAAUACAUUACAAGAAGCAUGUCUCGAAAGCAAGCUAGAGAGAGAAGAUCAAGGGUGAAUAUAUUAUGCGAAAAGAUUUGAAAAAGUUAAAUACAAACCAAUGGAAUGGCUCUUCAGUUCACAAGAUCAUUGAUGAUGCUAUACCUGUGCUUACAUUGACAGAAACUAUGAUUUCAUUCCAAACUUGUGGAUAUAUAACUCUAGUAAUGUACACGAGUAGUAUGUAAGAAUCAACUCCAGGCACUUAGCUCGCUUUGAAAUUUAUGCACGAGAUCUCGCAGUUUUUGUU